AAUCGGAAGCUAUGUGAUUUAUUUUGAAAGGAACAGGAAAUGUGGCGCUAUUCGACUUGACAGUUCUUCACGUGAACAAACUCCUGCUAACAAACAACAAGAGAAGCAUUAAACUCGUUUUAAUGGUUUGGGUGAGCCGGCGAAAAAUAUUUCCAAACAUUUGAUCCGGCAUCUUGUUUCUUUGUGGUCCGCCAUGCUGACGUUGUGUCUGCACCGAGCUCUCCGCUCCAAGUUACCGGCGACAACGUUGGGCGCGACGGCAACCAGGCUGCCGGGAGGCGGGCGACACACUCCCCGUCGCCUGAUGGGAACUCACCGCCGGAGCGAGUCGAGGGAGCCGUUCAACUCCCCCAAGAGAGCCAAGGAGUUCAUUUACCGUCUCCAGGCCGGGGAAAGAACUUGUUUGCUGCAGGAGCUGCAGAACUUUGAGUCCAUCGCCAUUGCUCAAGAGACUCUGGAGCCCUCUCCGCCCACUACAGCCCAGAUCAAAUACGUCAUAUUCCACAACGCCCUUCCCUUCGUCGGCUUCGGUUUCCUGGACAACGCCAUCAUGAUCUCAGCCGGAACGCAGAUUGAGCUUUCCAUCGGAGUCACCCUGGGAAUUUCCACCAUGGCCGCCGCCGCCCUGGGCAACCUGGUGUCAGACUUGGCAGGUCUCGGCCUGGCAGGUUAUGUGGAGGCCCUGGCGUCCAAACUGGGCAUGCAGGUUCCGGACCUGACACCCAAACAGGCUGACAUGUGGCAGACCCGGGUCAGCGCACACUCGGGCAAAGCCAUCGGCGUCUUCAUCGGCUGCGUUUUGGGAAUGUUCCCGCUCUUUUUCAUUGGCGAAGACGAGGAGAAGGCGGCGCAGCGCUCCAAAUGAGACACAGACGCACAAACUGGACUUGGCUCUUCUCAUCCCUUAGGCAGUGGCCUCGCUUCCUGCCUGGUCACAGACUGACGUCACUUUAACUGGACGCCAUUUUGGAUCGUAUAUCGACUUCCUGUCCAACCAUACCAGCCCCUUCUUUAAACGACUGUUUACUAACAUCAUUGACGCUAACUGCUGGCUAACUGCUACCUCCGAGUGCAUGUUUGCAUGUAGUGCGCACAUUUUUUAACUCGCCGUAUAACUUUUUUUGUCAUUUGUUUAGUACAAACGUCUUAAAACAGUUCAUGUAAGCCACAGUAAGUCAGUGGUUCUCAACCUUUUUUCCAAGUAGCACCUCAGAAAACACUUGGCUUUCCAAGUACCACCAUAAUAAAAACAAGGCAAAGGUUUUAUUUACCAGUAUAUUCAAUAUUUACGGGCACUGUAACAUUACACAGUUUGAACAGUAACAUUGUGUUUGAAUAUUUUAAUUAAGUGGUCCAUUUGGCGUACCACUAGAUGGAGCCUGGUAUGCGUACCAGUUGGAGAAUCCCUGCUGUAGGUGAUUUUUCAGUGUUUCUCCACCUUCCCGCCAAAGGUGUAAUUUGGUUCAAAACUACAAAACCCAAAAUCAGUGAAGUUGGCACGUUGUGUAAAUUGUAAAUAAAAACAGAAUACAAUGAUUUGCUAAUUCUAUUCACCUUAUAUUCAAUUGAAUAGACUGCAAAGACAAGAUAUUUAAUGUUCGAACUGAGAAAUAAUUGUUUUUUUUUUGCAAAUAAUCAAUUUAAAAUUUAAUGGCAGCAACACAUUGCAAAAAAAUUGGCACAGGGGCAUUUUUACCACUGUGUUACAUGGCCUUUCCUUUUAACAACACUCAGUAAACAUUUGGGAACUGAGGAGACCAAUUUUUGAAGCUUUUCAGGUGGAAUUCUUUCCCAUUCUUGCUUGAUGAACAGCUUAAGUUGUUCAACAGUCCGGGGGUCUCCAUUCUUGUGUUUUAGGCUUCAUUUGUGCCACACAUUUUCAAUGGGAGACAGGUCUGGACUACAGGCAGGCCAGUCUAGUACCCGCACUCUUUUACUAUGAAGCCACGUUGAUGUAACACGUGGCUUGGCAUUGUCUUGCUGAAAUAAGCAGGGGCGUCCAUGAAAGAGACGUUGCUUGGAUGGCAACAUUUGUCGCUCCAAAACCUGUAUGUACCUUUAAGCAUUAAUGGUGCCCUCACAGAUGUGUAAGUUACCCAUGUAUUGGGCACUAAUACACCCCCAUACCAUCACAGAUGCUGACUUUUGAACUUUGCGCCUAUAACAAUCCGGAUUGUUCUUUUCCUCUUUGGUCCGGAGGACACAACGUCCGCAGUUUCCUAAAACAAUCUGAAAUGUGGACUCGUCAGACCACAUAACGCUUUUCCACUUUGCAUCAGUCCAUCUUAGAUGAGCUCGGGCCCGGCGAAGCCGGCAGCGUUUUUGGGUGUUGUUGAUAAAUGGCUUUGGCUUUGCAUGGUAGAGUUUUAACUUGCACUUACAGAUGUAGCGACAAACUAGUUACUGAAAUUGGUUUCCUGAAGCGUUCCUGAGCCCAUGUGGUGAUAUCCUUUACACAAUGAUGUCGGUUUUUGAUGCAGUACCGCCUGAAGGGAUCGAAGUAGCACCAAUGUUGGUUUUCAAUGUUAGUGAUUUCUCCAGAUUCUCUGAACUUUUUGAUAUUACGGACCGUAGAUUUUUUUUUAAACAUGUUGCAGGCAUCAAAUUCCAAAUGAGUUAAUAUUUGCAAAAAAUAACAAAGUUUACCAUUUCGAAUGUUAAGUAUCUUGUCUUUGCAUUGUAUUCAAUUGAAUAUAGGUAUACAAGGAUUAGCAAAUUGUUGUAUUCUGUUUUUUAUUUAUGAUUUACACAACGUGCCAACUUCACUGGUUUUGGGUUUUGUAAAAUUUUUGCAGCGGAUUUCUAAAAAGAGAGCUCUUGUGUCACAUAGAGGAUCUUUGACCAGCCUUUUUUUUCCUGCGAGUCCUGAAAAAGCAGCAGAGCCCUCCUGUCAUAUCAAGGAUUUAAGACUGGUGUUGUUCAGUAUGAGAGCAGUCUUCUCCUAUAGAUGAUCUUUGACCAGCCUAACCAUAUGCCUUGUGUUAUUUCAUAAUUUUCUGACUAUUUGUGCCGAUGUUAGCAAUUUGGUGACGUACUGUAAAAGGUAUAGCACAGCCCUGCAGAGACGUUACAUGGAAAAUAUACAGAACAGAUGAGCUGAAGGAGCCCCGGUUUAGAGGAUCGGCGAGUAAAUAACACGAUGACAUCAUCGCUUGGACACAAAGGACAAACGAGUCGAGACGCUACACAGAAGACAAUGGAGGACAUCUUUCAACUUUCCAUUCUGUCUGCCAAUCAGCGUGUUGCUCCACCCUACUGGUACCUCAUGGAGGUGCCAAGAAGUGUUCGGUCGGUGUUAUUUUGUAGACACUUCUAGGUAGGAUGUUUAUAAACCAAGAGUGCAGUUAGAAAUGGCUUUCUGAUUGUUACAUGGAACAAAUAUUUUUUUUAUACCAUUUGAUGUCUUAUUGAUAUAUUUUUUAUAUGUUUUUGGGUACUGUUGCAUCUGACCAGUCUCCCUCUCAGGAAAUUUAAAUCACCGGUCAAUCCCAACUUCUUUAGAUGACAUAUAUGCUGAGUAAGAAGGACCAUCAAGACAGAAUAGGAAUAUUAUCAAGUUUUACUAAAGCUUUAGGAGACCAGUCCAAUUGUCCUUUCAUAUCGACAUCUCGAAGUGGUCUGACAUUCAAACGGGAAGAGACAACUCAUUGAAUAAAAAACAGUCCCCUCAUCCCCGCCCAGGAAGGAAUACAGACUCUUUGUUCUAAUACAGAUAAGGUAAACAGGGAGUUCUCCAACUGCCACAUUCCAACCCCUCAAGACACUACACAGACAUCUGCAGACACAAAGAGACAAGCAUAAAGAGUAUAAAUGGAAAAGUACUAGGUGCUUUAAACAUGACUAUGAAUGAAGAAAUAACUCUUAAACAUAUAUGCAUUCUCCACAGCACAUUAUAUUAUGGACUGCGACAGAAGGCGAUCUAGCACAGGGGUGUCCAAACUUACUCCACUGAGGGCUGUGUAAAAAAAAAAAAAGAAUGCAGGGGGGCAUUUUAAAACAUUUAUAAAAAGGCUAAAGCCAAUUUAAUGUACGUUACGUUAGUAUAUGCUAAAUUAUUUGAAAAAAAAAAUAUUAUCUUUUGUCUUAUAUGUGACACAGCAAAUAGUUGUUAGUGUUAUAUUCUAAUACAGGGGUGUCAAACUAAUUUUAGAUCGGGGGCCACAUGGAGAAAAAUCUACUCCCAAGUGGGCCGGACUGGUAAAAUCACAGCACGAUAACUUAAAAAUAAAGACAACUUCAGAUUGUUUUUUUUGUUUAGAAAUAGAACAAGCACAUUCUGAAGAUGUACAAAUCAUAAUGUUUUUUUUUUUUUUUUUGGCGGUUAAUAGUAUUCUAUCUUUAUUUGUCGUUAUUUAUACUUUCUGAAUAAAUGAUGUGAUAAUGUUCAUCAGUCAACUCAUUGGUGUUAAUUUUUAAUCUAUCGAGAUAAAAACAAUUAUAUCAAAAUCAAAUUACAGGAUGUUAUUUAUGUAGUUUGCUCAUUUUCCUCGACUGUUGAGGUUUUUAUCUACAUAUGUAGCAUCAUCUACAAAGAUACAAAGAAUUGCUAUUGCGACAUCUAGUGGACACAUUUAGAAAAGCAGUUUCUUUCUUUCAAAAAUUUCGGCUCAUUUUUAUACUUCGCAAACUCAUCCCGCGGGCCGGGUAAAACCUGUUCGCGGGCCGUACGUUUGACACCCCUGAUCUAAUAUAAAUCCUGUUUCUUUUUUGUGAUUGUUGAAUUUAUUUAUUUGUUGAAUUCACAAUGUAAUGUUUUGGCGCAUUUUUUUUUUCCCCAAUAUUGACUCAACUUGUGAUUUUAUGAAUUUGUUAUCAAUGUUUUGUUAACUUGAAAGCAUCUGAUUUUAACAAAAAUUGAAAAAGCAAUACCACAUUUUCCGAGCCAUCAGCCGCACCCACUAAAUUUUAGAAGAAAAUAUUUUUUCAUAACAUUGUCGCACCGGACUAUAAGACGCAGAUAUAUGUUGUGAAAUGAGAUAUAUUGUACAUAGAAACAUUUUGUAAAUGUUUAUUUACAAACCUUAAUUGUUUCCAAACAAUGUCUGUAAGACGGCAGUAA